AUGAAGUUCGUCGCCGCCGCCACCGUCCUCCUCAUCAUCACCGCCACCGCGUCCGCCGCACCCACGCCAGCCGACGACGCCGACGCUCUCGAAAAGCGCGCGUGUGAUCGCUACAUCCCCUGCUCGACGGCCUCGUGCUACGUUUCGUGCAAGUAUUACGGGCAGUACGUGUCGACCGUUUACUCCUGCGGCGCCGGGCGUGUCAAGGAGAGUGAGCAGGCGUGA